GUGAUCUACACGACAGUGAUGAAGCUGUUUGCGCGGGCGGGCAGGACGGAUGGCGUGGCUCGCAUUGUCGCCCUGCUCAGGGAGGAGGGCAGCAGGGAGGACGGCCUCUUUCGGCUGGAUUCUAAGACGAUAUGCGCGCUUAUCGCUGCUUACAACAGCAUGGGAGACCUGAAUUCUGCGCAGGAGGUGUUUGAGGCGGCACGAGCAAGCACGCCCCCAGGCGAGUGGGACGUGGUGGUGUGGAACGCCAUGGUGGCCGCGUAUGGGCGGGCGGGGAAAGUGAAGCAAGCAGAGGAGUUAUUGCUGCAGAUGGAAGCACAGGCGGAUGGGGCGGACGGGAGAAAAGGGGGGAGUGAAGGGGAAGAAGGGGCGCACGAGGUUGAUACAGGGGCGGCGUGGGGGAGUGUAGAGGCGGAUUGGGGGAGGGUUGAGGCGGAUGGGGGGAGCGUUGAAACGGAUAGGGUGGGCCAGAGCAUGGGAGGGCCAGGCGGAGCGGAGUCCGUUGGUAGGGUGCAAAGGGGUGCUGCUGGGUCGAUUAUAUCGUCUACUCAAGAAGGGAACUGGGUGCAAGGGGCCAUUGAGGAGUCUGAAAAACGUAAGGGCAGUGCUGUUAACGGGUCUCGCCCAUCCCCGCUCCUACAGCCUGCCCUUGCCUACUCCGAACCAGCUUCGGUAAUUUCCGGGCCUCUGUCAGAGGUUUGGAGCGAUGCUCCGGGUGAGCUUUGGAGCGAGGCUCGGGAGGGGCUAGUGGCAGCAACUGCGACUGUGGCUGUACCCCCAGUUGCAAGCCUGGAGGCGCAAGGUAUCAGCAACAGUGACAGCAACGGCAGGAAUGAAAUUGGGAACGACACAGCUAGUGGAGGUGUUGGCGAUGGGGGUCUUGUGGCAGCAGGUGUAGAUGGUGGUGGAACAGGGAAUUCUGGGGGAGAAACAGGGGGCAGCGGGGAGGAAGGCAGGGGCGACGAGGAGGAAGGGGAGGAGAUUGAUAGGGAGGUGGAAAGGAGGGAGAUGCAACGGCGGGAGGGAGGAGGAAGGAGAGGGGGAAAGUCGACCAGGGGAUAUUCUGGUGGCACUGGCAGGGCUAGUUGGGGGAAUGACAGAGAAGAGGCGAGACGAGGGAGAGGGGAGGGUGGUGCAAGGAGAGGAAGGGAGAGGAUUGGUGGUGGAGGAGGAGGAGGGGGAUUGGAAGGAGGAGGUCGGGAGCUGUCUCCCCCACGGUUUGGGCCGACACUGAAUGCGUACAACUCGCUGCUAAACGCGUAUGCCAAGGCGGGGGAUGUGGACAAGGCAGAGAAGACGUUCAAGCGUCUCAUGGCACGGGGAUUCUACCCAUCAACCGUGACCUUCAACACGCUAUUCUCACUCUAUGCCUCGCUGCCCUCCUCCUCCUCCUCGCUCUCUGCUGCCCGCCGCCUGCACGCCCUCAUGCUGCAAAUGGACGUCCCUCUCGAUGUUUACUCGUGCUGCUCUCUCAUUGGCCUGCUCAGCCGCUCCGGGCAGGUUGAAGAAGCGGUUGGGCUGUUUGAAAGAAUGAAGGCGCAGGGCGUGCAGCCGGACUCGCACGUGUUCAGUGCAAUGAUCGCCAUGUUCGCGCGGCACGGCAAGCUGGAAGCCGCGCUGAGAACCUUCAAGGAAAUGAAGGCGGCGGGGUGUGCAGUAGACAUGCCAGUGCUGACAUCCAUGAUCGGCGUGUAUCACCGUUUAGGGUUAUUGGAAGAGGCAUCAGCAGCUGCAAUGGAUGCGAUUGUGAGUGUUUUCGGUGGGAAUAAAGGCUUCUUUGGGUACAGAGAAGACAUGAAAUGCAGGUGUGCAGUGCACAUGCCAGUGCUGACGUCCAUGAUCGGCGUGUACCACCAACUGGGGCUUCUAGAGGAGGCGUCUGCAGCAGCGAUGGAUGCGAUUGUGAGUGGUUCUGAGUGGUGCCUCCUGUGCCUUGGAGUGCUGAACCUUGAGGUGUUGAGCCUGUGCCUGCCUAGGGUGCUGACGUCCAUGAUCGGCGUGUACCACCGCCUGGGGCUUCUAGAAGAGGCGUCUGCAGCAGCAAUGGAUGCGAUUGUGAGUGGUUCUGAGUGGUGUCUCCUGUGCCUUGCAGUGCUGAACCUUGGGGUGCUGAGCCUGUGCCUAGAGGGGUGUGCAGUGGACAAGCCAGUGCUGACGUCCAUGAUCGGCGUGUACCACCGGCUGGGGCUGCUGGAAGAGGCGUCAGCAGCAGCUAUGGACCCCAUUGUGAGUUGCCUUGGAGUGUCGAACCUUGGGGCUGAGGUGCUGAGCCUCAAGGCGGGACAACUAGAUGCUGCUGAGGCGCUGUUCGCUGAGAUCCUGGCGGAUGAGUCAGGCAGCAUAGCGGACCUGGCAGCUCACACCACCAUGAUCAGCGUGUAUGGGAAGCAUGGACUAGUGGAUAAGGCGAAGUUGCUUUUCACAAGCCUGAGAGGGUCGGGCAGGGACUUGGAUGCAGUGAUAUGGAACGCCAUGCUGAGCGCGCUGGGGAAGAACGGGCGGGUGGAGGAGGCGAAGGAGCUGUUCGCAGAGAUGCAGGAGUGCGGGCCAGCUCCCACUGUCUACUCUUACUCCAUUAUGAUUGACGCGUAUGGCAAGGCCGAUCGCAUUCUGGACGCAUCCACUACCUUCGCGCGCAUGCUGUCUUCGGGUCUGCGCCCGUCUCUAGUGACGUUCAACUCCAUGCUCGCUGCCUACCGCCGUGCCGGCAUGGUCAACGACGCCGCUGCUCUCUUCCGCAGGAUGAGAGCAGAGGGGGUGCCGCCCAGCCAUGUGUCAUAUGCCAUUCUCAUCCACACACACGCUCAGGCGGGCGAUUUGAGGGAGGCCACUCGCCUGUUCAGAGAGCUGCAGGACAGUGGGUGUGCCGUGGACAACCCGACUCUCCACCGAAUCACCUCCAUGCUCAGAUGGGCUGGCCGAAGCCACUCCAGCAUGCUCUAG